AUGAGGGGCCUGCGGCUGCUGGCCGUGGUCCUCACGUGCUGCUGGUGGCCGCCGCGCAGCCAGGCCAAGACGCUGCGGGGCAGCUUCAGCAGCGCGGCGGCCCGAGACGCCCAGGGCCAGAGCAUCGGCCACUUCGACUUCCACGGUGACCGUGCUCGUCUGUGCGUCAGAAUCAGCAACAGAGCCGCGGCUGUUAGGAAGGAAGCGAGGCUCUAUCUCUUCCAGGCCCAGCAAUGGCUCAAGCUGCAGGAGAGCAGUCCUGCCUAUGGCUGCAGUGAAAAAUUGUCCAGAGCUCAGUUGACACUGACAGUGAACCAGACUGAACAUAAUCUGACAGUGUCCCAGAUUCCGUCUCCCCAAAUGUGGCACGUGUUUUAUGCAGACAAGUACACCUGCAGAGAUGAGAAGGAGAAUUCGCAGGUGGAAGACAUCCCAUUUGAAAUGGUGUUGCUAAACCCAGAUGCCGAAGGGAAUCCAUUUGAUCAUUUUAGUGCUAGAGAAUCUGGGCUGCACGAGUUCUUCUUCCUGCUGGUCCUGGUGUACUUUGUGGCCGCCUGCGUCUAUGCUCAGUCCCUGUGGCAGGCUAUCAAGAAAGGAGGACCCAUGCACACGGUUUUAAAGGUUCUGACAACGGCCUUGCUGUUACAAGCUGGUUCAGCUCUAGCUAAUUACAUUCAUUUCUCCAGGUACUCCAAGGACGGAAUAGGGGUUCCUUUUAUGGGAAUUUUGGCAGAAGUUGUUGACAUUGCCUCCCAAAUUCAGAUGCUCUACCUCCUCCUGAGCCUGUGCAUGGGCUGGACCAUUGUGAGGAUGAAGAAAUCGCAGAGCAGGCCUCUGCAGUGGGACUCCACCCCCGCGUCCACGGGCAUCGCCGUGUUCAUCGUCACGACGCAGAGCGUUCUGCUGCUAUGGGAACAGUUUGAAGACACCGGUCACCACAGCUCCCACUCCCACCACAGCCUGGCGGGAAUCCUGCUCAUCAUCUUAAGGAUCUGCCUCGCGCUGUCCCUGGGCUGUGGCCUCUACCAGGUCGUCACAGUGGAGAGGAGCACGCUCAAGAGAGAGUUCUACACCACCUUUGCCAAGGGCUGUAUCUUGUGGUUUUUAUGCCAUCCAGUUCUUGCAUGCAUUUCUAUCGUUUUUAAUGACUACCAAAGAGAUAAGGUGGUUACGAUAGGCGUGACCCUCUGCCAGUCGGUGUCCAUGGUCAUCCUGUACAGACUCUUCCUGUCGCACAGCCUCUACUGGGAAGUCUCGUCACUCUCCUCAGUGACUCUACCACUGACCAUGUCCUCUGGACACAAAAGUCGCCCUCACUUCUGACACUUGAUUUUUGUGGAAAGAAAACAUGAAUUGGAUAUGAGUGCAAUAUGAAUCCAAAUACAGUGACUCUUUUUUCAUAUGUUUGGUAUGAAAAAUUGAACAGAGAUAGCAGAGCGUAGUAUUUAUGUAACUGCAUUUAAGCAGUACCAAAACUCAGAAGAGGUAAUUAGUGAAAUGUUUUGAAAUAUGUUUAAACAAUAAACUUUUAAGGAAGAGUGUCAUUAUAAGGUGAUUGGAGCAAUUUCCACAUGGAAAUAAAUAUGAAAGGUUUUCAUGAUACUCUAGUAGAUGUUCACCAGUUAUAAUGGCUCAUGUCAAUAGCUCUCUCAGGUUGAUUGUCUUAUGAAAGUAAUCAGUUAAAUGAUUACUUGUUUAUGCAUAUCUAAAUUAGUUCAGUUAUGAAAUCAGUAUCAUGAACUGGUUUUUAAAACUGCUUGUUAUGCUUUAAGGAAAGCACAUUUCAUAUGAAAGUCUAAAAGAAUUGAAAUGGAAAUUACUUCAGAAAGCAAAUAUACAAUAUAUUCACAGUUAAAUGAAUAAGCUUUUGUUUAUUCAUGGGUGGGGUUAUUCUCCAAUUUUUUUUUUUUUGUUUGUUUGCUUUAGCUCAGGUUUUGUCUUGAUUAGUAAUGGAUUUUGGACAAUAAAACCUAAAAGAUACAUUGCAUGGGUUGUACAAACAAAGUACUUUAAAAUCUGACCACUGAGGUGAAGGGGUAAAUGGGUGUCUUUGCUUUCUUUUUGAAAGAAAGAAAAGGUACUGUGUGAGAUAGUUUUAAAUUUUUAAUCCUGAUAUAAUUCAUUUCUCUCACAUUGACUCCCCAGUCAUAAUUAAGCCAUAUACACAGAUUAAAUUAACAGAAGCAUUUCACAUAAAUGUGAGUCUCAGGCACCAGCUACCCAUGAAUUCCUGCCCAAGGAUACUUCAUCAGGAUUAAAUUUUCUAUGAAUAAUUGAAAAACAAAA